UAGCAGUUGGAUAUAGCCUGACAGCUCCUCGCCCACCUGGCAUUACUUACUCACUCGGACCACAUUGACGGCUGCUGUGAGAAGCUACAGAAAGGUUAAAGCCAGCUGCACUUCGGUUUCUCUCAAAAGACUGUCUACCAAGAAGCUACAAUGCGUGAGUGCAUCUCUGUACACGUAGGCCAGGCUGGUGUCCAGAUGGGGAACACCUGCUGGGAGCUCUACUGUCUGGAACACGGCAUCCAGCCGGAUGGUCAGAUGCCCAACAAAAAGCAGUCUGGGUCAUGCCACGAUGACUCCUUUACCACCUUCUUCAGUGAGACUGGGGCCGGGAAGUACGUCCCCAGAGCCAUCUUUGUUGACCUGGAACCCACUGUCAUUGAUGAGGUGCGCACGGGAACGUACCGUCAGCUCUUUCAUCCCGAACAGCUGAUCUCAGGAAAGGAAGAUGCUGCCAAUAACUACGCCCGUGGACACUACACCAUCGGCAAAGAGAUCAUUGACUCGGUCUUGGACAGAAUCCGCAAGCUGGCGGAUCAGUGCACAGGCCUCCAAGGCUUCCUGGUUUUCCACUCCUUUGGUGGAGGCACCGGCUCUGGUUUCACCUCCCUGCUGAUGGAGAGACUCUCUGUUGACUUUGGCAAAAAGUCUAAGCUUGAGUUCGCCAUCUACCCAGCCCCUCAGGUUUCCACAGCUGUAGUGGAGCCUUACAACUCCAUCCUGACCACUCACACCACCUUGGAGCACUCCGACUGUGCCUUCAUGGUAGACAAUGAGGCCAUCUACGACAUCUGCCGCAGGAACCUCGAUAUUGAACGCCCAUCAUACACCAACCUCAACCGUCUCAUCAGCCAAAUAGUGUCUUCCAUCACAGCCUCCCUUCGCUUUGAUGGAGCCCUGAAUGUUGACCUGACGGAGUUCCAGACCAAUUUGGUGCCCUACCCUCGUAUCCACUUCCCUCUGGCCACCUACGCUCCAGUCAUCUCUGCUGAGAAAGCCUACCAUGAGCAGCUGUCUGUUGCUGAGAUCACAAACGCCUGCUUUGAGCCAGCCAAUCAGAUGGUGAAGUGUGACCCUCGUCAUGGUAAAUACAUGGCCUGCUGUCUGCUGUAUCGUGGCGAUGUGGUGCCCAAAGAUGUCAAUGUGGCCAUUGCAGCUAUCAAGACCAAACGCAGCAUCCAGUUUGUUGACUGGUGCCCAACAGGCUUCAAGGUGGGCAUCAACUACCAGCCUCCAACAGUGGUUCCUGGAGGAGACCUGGCCAAGGUGCAGAGGGCUGUGUGCAUGCUGAGCAACACCACGGCCAUCGCCGAGGCCUGGGCCCGUCUCGACCACAAGUUUGACCUCAUGUAUGCCAAGAGAGCCUUUGUCCACUGGUACGUUGGGGAAGGCAUGGAGGAGGGAGAGUUCUCUGAGGCCAGAGAAGAUAUGGCUGCCCUGGAGAAGGAUUAUGAAGAAGUUGGGAUCGACUCAUUUGAGGAGGAUGAGGAAGGGGAGGAAUAUUAGACCAGCUUAGCUUUCAUUUGUUAUUUUCAGGGACAAAAUUGGUCGAGUGAAUAGAAAUAUUUAAGUAAUUGAGCAUAUUUUGCAUGUUGGUUUAAAAUUUAAAAAUAUUGUUUGUUUUAAAUUGACCUUUUUUUAAAUUCAGUAUUUACUCCCGUGCCUAAGGUCUGAGGUAAUUCUUUUGUUGUGCAUUGAGAAUAUAACUUUUUGACAAGACCGAAAUAACCCAGUGUUUGAAACCUGUGUUGAUGCUCAUUAAAUCUUUCCCCCAACA